AUGGCCAACCUCGACCUCACUUCGCUGCUCGCGAAGCUGCCGACGCAAAGCAUGCUGACGCGAACGAACCUCGCGGCGCGGUUCGCGUACCAGCGGUACGCGCUGCCGGCGGCGAUGACGCAGCGCCUGCCGGAGUGGAUCCCGAUCUGGAUGGACGACGUCGUCGCGUCGGGCUGGACGUUCGUGCGGCAUGCGCUGGCGGCGGCGGGGGGCCCGGCGUGGACGGGGGCGCACGGGCCGCUGCUGGACCGGCACGCCGACGCGGUCACGAUCCGGCUGCACGUGUUCCCGGAGGGCGAGGACGUGGGCGCUCCGGAACCGCUGUCAGGGUAUGAGGCUGUGGAGGGGGUUAUUCGCACCCUGCAGCCCGUGGUGCGGAGCCUGAACGCUCUGCACGAGGCCUUCCACCACAGCACGCACAUGUACGUUCCGCUCACGGAGUACACGUACGCGCCGCUCGGGGCGUACCUCCCCGCCGUCGCGCUGCCGAUUGCGGUCGUCGCGCUGGACGGCGCAGGGGCGAUGGCUGCGGCGGUCAACGCCAAGGUCCGCGCGGCGCAGCAGGGGCACGCGGCGACGCUUGCCGGCGCCGCGGCCGUCGCGGGCGUGGUCGCGUCGGUCGCGUCGACCGUCGCGGCGGGGAUGCUGCCGGGUGCUGUGCCGACGCAGUGGGCCGCGCCUGCGGUGCUGUGCUCGCUGUGGUUCGCGGGCCGCGCGGCGCUGCGCGGGCGCGAGGACGCGGAGGCCGUCGUGGGCGCCACGCGCGCGGCGGCGGCGGUGUGGCUGUCGGCGGCGCUGGCGGCGCUGGCGUUCGUGAACUGGGGGCAGGCGCUGGUGGUCGGGGUGUUCGCGGCGGCGAAGAUCGCGCUGCUUCCCGGGUCGACGCGCACGCGCGGGGUCGGGCUCCCCGUGCUGCUGCUGUUCUCGGCCGCGUCCACGCGGUACGCCGUCCUGCAGCUGCUGCGGGUGCUGCCCGCGCGCGGGGAGCUGCCGCUGGCGGGGGGGGCGCUCGGGUGCUGCGCGGCGGGGCCGCAGGAGAUCGACCUGCCGCUGGCCGCGACGGAGGGGGCGUUCUGGUGCAUCCUGGCGCUGGCGGGGUGA